AAACUGACAUCGAUGAAGUCGUCAAGUUAGAGAUAAUAGGAAAUUGUAAGAAUCGAUCUCGAAUUUUUAAACGAUUUUACGUUUCAAAGAUAUCGAUUCAUCGUAAACAUCUCUAAACAUAUCACACGUGUUUACAUUUAUUUUAUCCUUAUUUAAAAUAGUUUCUUUUUCCACAAACCUACGAAAUGGGCCGCUUAAAUCGCUCCCGCAAACGACGGGAUGAGAUGAAUAAAAUUAAAAAAGCCCGAUAUGAGGCAAAAGAGCUCAUUCGCCUCAAGAAAACACUCGGCAUUAUUGAUGCUGAUGGUAAUGAAAUUUUGAAAGACGUUUCUGACAUAGCCACAGUUAAAACUGCAAAGGAGUUGAAACAAGAAAAUAAAUCACGUGAAGAACAAGAACUGGAGCAUGAAAUGGAAGAACGUCGGGAGCCAGGUCAGAACUUUACAGAAAUAAAUGAAAAAACUGGAAAGGUACAUGUCUACAAUAGUAAAACAAUGAAGGAUCAACAUGGUUCCUAUCCGCCUUGGUAUAAACCGAAAACAACAGCAAAACGCAUACGAAAAAAGGCACACGCAAUGAAAAAGCGUUUCAGGCAGAUGUGGACGACGGCAAAUGUGCCACUUUAGUUUUAUGGCUCUCAAUUUUCCGCACCGCGCUAUACAUACAUAUGUAUGUAUGUUGAUGAACGAAAUGAUUCAAUAUGCGACUACACAUAUAUAUAUUUUGAAUUUCAAGGCUUUAUGUUGGAAAAAUAUAUGUAUGUAUGUAGAAUAUCGACGGUAAUUUGCCCAACGUAUGUCAGAAGUCACUGCUACGUGUCUCGUAAAAAUUAAUUCAAAAUAGGCCUUAAAAUACUACUAUACAUUCAUUGUAUGUUAUUCGUAAUUAACUAAAAUGUAUUUAAUCUUAAAUAUUCAGUUAAAAUGUUAGUAAAAACGAUUGAUUUUCUGUUAUUAAUAUGGAGUUCUUUCGUAGAAAGAGUUUUUUAAGAGUGCUUUGAGAUACGAGGUUUUGCCAAAGUACCGUCGAUAUGUAUAAUUUCCAAAACAAUCAAGUGGUAAUGGGCCGUAUGAAUAAAAACAAGUAAUUUUUAAGCGAAAA